GCAAAAUGGAGUGGCAGAGAGGAAAAUUAGACAUCUUGCGGAAACUUGUAGAAGUUGGUUACAUGCAAAAAAUCUACCGAAAGAAUUAUGGGCAGAAGGAAUGAAAUGUGCAGAUUAUGUGAUCAAUAGGGUGCCGCUUAGUCCAAUCAACAUGAAGUCUCCUUAUGAGUUGAUGUUUGAUGAGAAGCCCAAUGUUAGGCACUUCAGAAUUUUUGGCUCUAUCUGUUAUGUCCAUGUGCCAGAUUCUCAAAGAAACAAGUUUGAUGCCAAAGCUAGAAAGUGCAUUUUUGUUGGCUAUGAUGAACAGAAAAAGGGCUGGAAAUGCAUGGAUCCUAUCUCUCACAAAUUUGUUGUGUCAAGAGAUGUGGUUUUUGAUGAAAUUUCAUCCUACUAUGGUUCUACUAAGGAUUUGGAGCUUGAAGUUACAAGUUUGCCUUUCACAUCAAAUUCAAAUUCAUCUGCUUCACAAGAAAAGAAUGGUGAAAGGGGGAGCUCUAGUUCAAGUGAAAAUGGUCAACAACAAAAAGAAGAUGGACCAUCCGAUGAUGAAGUUCCUUUGUGCUUUGAAAAGGCAAAAGGUGUCAAAGUAUGGGAUGCAAUGGACGAGGAAAUGAAUGCGCUAUUUAAAAAUGAAACUUGGGAUCUUGUUCCAAAACCCAAGGAUGUACAGCUUGUUUCUUGUAAAUGGGUGUACAGAAUUAAGCAUAAGGUUGAUGGGAGCAUAGACAUAUAUAAAGCAAGGCUGGUUGCUCGUGGAUUUUCUCAAAAGUAUGGAGAAGAUUAUGAAGAAACCUUUAGUCCUGUUGCCAAGAUGACUUCUGUUCGUACAGUAUUAGCUCUUGCAACCUCUCAAAAUUGGAAAUUGUGGCAACUUGAUGUCAAAAAUGCUUUUCUAUAUGGAGAGCUUGAUAAAGACAUUUACAUGGAGCAACCACCAGGCUAUUUUGCAAAUUCUCAUCCAGACUUUGUUGCAAACUCAAGAAAGCUCUUUAUGGAUUCUGAUCAUAGUUUAUUUGUGAAAAAGCAGUCCAGCUUGCAUGUUAUAGUUCUACUAUAUGUGGAUGACAUGAUAAUAAUAGGAAAUGAUGAAGAAGAAAUUGCAAGACUACAAGAAAAGCUAUCUAUUCGUUUUGAUAUGAAAAAUCUAGGAGAGCUAAAUCAUUUUCUCGGUUUAAAGGUUGAAAAUUUGGAAAAUGGAAUUUUUGUAACUCAAAGAAACUAUGCAGAAAAGCUUGUUGCAAAGUUUGACUUGAAGGAAGGAAAAAAGUGCUCUACUCCACUUGACAUAAAUACCAGGCUAAGGCGUGAUGAAUGCUCCUUGUUGUCUAGUCCUCAACCUUAUCGUGUUCUUGUUGGCAGUUUGAUUUAUUUGACCAUAACAAGGCCAGAUAUUGCAUUUUCUGUUGGUCUUGUUAGCAGGUUCAUGCAAGCACCUCGAAAGCCACAUCUUGAGGCUGUUAAGCAGAUUUUGAAGUAUGUCAAUACCACCCUUGACAUGGGAUUGUUCUACAAGAAAGAAGCAAACUUUUCUUUACUUGGGUUCACAGAUGCUGAUUUUGGUGGAGAUUUGGUUGAUCGCAAAUCAACAUCUGGUUAUGUUUUCUUGUAUGGUGGGACUGGUAUUUCUUGGUGUAGUAAGAAACAAGAUUCAGUUUCCUUGUCAACUACUGAAGCAGAAUAUAAGGCUUCUGCUCUUGCAGCUCAAGAAUGUGUUUGGCUUCAAAGGCUCAUUGAGGAUCUUGAUUCUCCUAUUCAAGGUUCAACUAGCCUUUAUGGAGAUAAUCAAAGUGCUAUUAGGCUUGCCACCAAUCCAGUUUGUUAUGCAAGGACAAAACACAUUGAGGUGGAGCAUCAUUUCAUUAGAGAGAAGGUUCUGGAAGGAACUAUCAGUGCAUUGGAGGUGAGAAGUCAAGAUAAUGUUGCUGACAUAUUUACCAAGUCACUUUCCAAAAGCUCCUUUGAGAUGCUUCGUUCUCAACUUGGAAUUAUUUCUAGAAAAUCACUUUAAGGGGGAGUGUUAAAAUUAGUAAAGUAAUUUUCUAGAAGGGUUACUAUUCAUGAAUAGCUCUUCAUCUUUCAGUUAUGUAAGCGUGUGAGAUCAAAUAUGUUUGUGUCAGUUACAAUUAGUUUAUUUUGUUUAGUGGUGUGACAGUUUCUUUUACAGUUUGUAACUUCUUUUCAUUUCAACAGUGUUUAUGUAUUUUUCACCAUCUUAUUUUCUAAAUAAUAGAAGAAAUUCAGUCAUACAAGUCUUGUUCCUUUUUAGCCAAUUUUGAAGUUCUUUGGUUUGCUUUUCUUCACUAAGGUUGCUGAUCUUGGGUUAGUGUGUCUUUGGUUGCACUAAGAUUUGUUUACAGUUUUUUGGUGGGGUAAGAGUCAGGUUGUAGUUAAGUGGUGCUUUGGUUGAGUCCAGAUUGUAGGUUUGGUUUUCUUGAGUAAGGAAUUCAAGUUGUCUUAACAGUUGGUUUCAUUUGACUAUGUAGCACAGAAGGCAUCAAUGACGGUUUUGGGAUUCAAACAAUUAACUGCAUACCUUAUC